CUUUCAGUGUAGCCUUUGCAUCUGAAAUCUUACUAUGUAGACCAGGCUGGCUGUGAACUCAACAGAGAUCUACUCGGUGCUGCCUGGGAGACUUGAGAUUAAAGGUGUGUGCCACACCAUGCCUGGCUCUGGUCUUUUUGCAAGAACUCUUUGCUUCUUUUACCCUGGCUCUCUUUCUUGGCCAGAGUUUCUCUACAGUUUCUGACUCCCCCCAGCCACUGGGCAUUUAAGUGAGUGCUGAACAUGGAGCUUGAGGACAGGGCUUGAAAUCUACAUUGAAACCUUUGGAGGAACUGCCCUCUGCCCCAUCUCAGUGACCACUGCUUUCCCCUACCUGCUGAGUCCGGUCCUCUCCACUCCCUCUCCGCAGUCUGCCCCCUCCCACCUUGGCCAGCACUGCAGCAUGAGGCAAUCAUUCCAUCCUUGACCCUCUGCACAAUGACUGAUGACUUUUUUUAUCUCAAGUGAUGAUGCACAGCCUUCCGCUGGAAGCAUUUAAGGCAGAGCACUUGAUCUGAGCCACAGCUGCAGGACUCAGGACCUUGAGAGGCUCAGGAAGAACAAUCCUUGAGAGCAGUAGCAGCCGCAGCACUGCCACAUCUACCUACCAAGAAAGCAUGUUACAAGCUACGUUCAAGCUGUGUGCUGGAAGCUCCUACAGACAUAUGCGAAACAUGAAAGGACUGAGGCACCAGGCUGUGCGGGCCAUUGGCCAACAGCUGACCCGGAGAGCACUGAGGGACCCCAGUCCUGGGUGGAUGGGACAGGCUCAGCGUCGGAACUCUCUACUUGGUUCUCAACUGGAAGCAACACUCUACAGUGACCAGGAGCUGUCCUACAUCCAGCAGGGAGAGGUGGCUAUGCAAAAGGCCUUGGGCAUCCUCAACAACCAGGAAGGCUGGAAGAAGGAAAGCCAGCAGGAGAAUGGGGAUGAAGUGCUGAGUAAGAUGGUGCCAGAUGUGGGCAAGGUGUUUCGCUUGGAGGUGGUGGUAGACCAACCCAUGGACAGACUCUAUGAAGAACUGGUGGACCGCAUGGAGGCAAUGGGAGAGUGGAACCCAAAUGUCAAGGAGAUCAAGGUCCUGCAGAAGAUUGGAAAAGACACAGUCAUCACUCAUGAGCUGGCUGCAGCGGCAGCAGGCAACCUGGUGGGGCCCCGUGACUUUGUGAGCGUCCGCUGUACCAAGCGCAGAGGUUCCACGUGUGUGCUGGCAGGCAUGGCCACACAUUUUGGGGAGAUGCCCGAGCAAAGCGGUGUCAUCAGAGCUGAACACGGUCCUACCUGCAUGGUGCUUCAUCCACUGGCUGGAAGUCCCUCAAAGACUAAACUCACGUGGCUGCUCAGCAUUGACCUCAAGGGGUGGCUGCCGAAGACCGUCAUCAACCAGGUCUUAUCACAGACCCAGAUAGAGUUUGCCAACCAUCUGCGCAAGCGCCUGGAGUCCAGCCCUGUCUCAGAGGCCCAGUGUUAAGGACUGCCCACCACAUCGACCUGUAUGCCACUGGAAGCUCUCACUGGAAGCUUGCAAGUCUGUCAAUCUCCAGUUAACGACAAUGGGAGGGGUAGUAGUCAUAAGACGGUAGGACUACUGGUAAAAACUGUCAGGAAAACAGAAAGGAGGCUUAGAAUAAAAGUCCUCUAGUGCCUCCCACUGACUAGCUGUGAAGGCUAAGGGAUAGGUAUCUAUGAAAUCUUUUUUCUAGGUCUGUACAUGCUGACCUAAAAAACCCCUACUAAAAACGUCAGCAGCUGAUGUGACCAGGGAGUGCUGAGGACCAGGAACUGUCUGUUGCCUUACGAGCUCCAAACUGAAGGCAGUGUGUGCAGAACAUGGGCUCACCUAGGAAACUCCGUGGCCUUCUGCUCCUCUGUAAAAGGCCAGAACUCCAACCUACCCACAAAGGCCCCCCAGAGUACUCCAACUUUUUAAGGAGAAAUGGAAUCAUCACUGUGCUGGCUUCCCUACUUAUCCUAUGAAUAAAGAACCACACCUGCA